UCAGAGGUAAUGACACAUGGAAGGCGUUCCCAAAAGAGCAUACAGAACGACACAAUACAGCAUCCUGUUCGUCAGCGCCGUCGCGUGGAAGGGGAUGUCUUUAAUUCUUUGUCGUCUGCUUUUAUGGAAUAACAAAUGAUAACUAAUUUCGGACACAAACUUUGUGGACAUAAAUGUCGAGCGGCAACACUUGCCAGUGACGCACUGUAAUUUCUUGGCAGGAAAAUACUUGGUCUAUCGCUCAUCAAGAAGCAACAGGUGGAGGACUGACCAGUGAUACAGACUUCGAGUUGAACUAUUUGACAUUUUCGUCGUAAUGCCAAGAGGUUGGAAGGUUAACCAACCGUCCAUGACAAUACUUUCUGGCUUUCACACGGGUUUUCUCUAAAGUUGUUGACUCCGCCCCAUACAUGAGCCAAGUGUGGUUCUCUGGCUCACUCUGUAAAUAUUACGUGGUCGAGGUUCGGUUCUUCGCCAAACACCUGUGAUAGGCUACUCUACUUAGAGAAACAAUGCAAACAAAUUUGCCUUUCUCAGACAUUCUAAAGUAUGGUUUGCUGCAAAAGUUACGGUGACGCCAUUUUUAUUGUUUACUUUUGGAUGACCAUACUGCAGUGAAAAGAACAGUUCUUGUUUAACGCUGGUUCAUCAGUCGGUUUGACAGCAGUAGGAGCGCGAUCUUGUGGUACUGUGUGGUCCAUCUUUUACUGGAAUGCAAGUGGGCCAAGACCAAACAGCGUGCACCAGUGCAAGAGCUGGAGAGGAUGACAUGACUGACGGAGACCUAGGGGAUGGAAUGAGUGAAAGACCCAAGGCUCUGAGCAACCAGACAAGGCACCAAGCUCGAAGCAGAAGUCAAGGGGACUUUCAGGAGCUUUUGUCACCAACACACUCUUUGAAGAGGAACAGCGAUGGAGGUGGAGGCAAAGAGACCUUCUCCUGGACACCAUGCAGUGAAAUGUGCAGUGUAUUGAGGCAGGAGUUGAAUGGAGGACAGCUCCCACAUAACUGUAGGAAGAAAGAAUCAGUGCAGGUGAAGAAAUGCCAACAUCUUUGCUCACGGCCAGCGUAUUGCCAUAAAAGUCUACUGCUGUCUAUAUUAGACCUCUGCACCAAGGGGUAUAAUCAAAAGAGUGUUCACCCUCACAGAAAAUACCACGAUGAAGGAAGCAGCGAGGAGUUGCAGAGGAAAUUACAGGAGGUCACCCAGGAGGUAGAGCUGCUGCGCUCAGAGCUGGAGGUGACACACCGUCAUCUGGAGGGGAAGCAUGAAGCUCUGAGGAUCCUUCAGGGACAUGCAAUCUUAGAUAAGGCAACUACUCAUACUAAACACUUAUUUCAGAAGAGUGAGGAGCGGGCCAAAGCCUUGGAGAAGGAAGUAAAUGCUUUACAAUGGGAAAUCAAUUUUAAUCAGGCGAGAUUUAAGAACUUCGAGCAGUCAUGGGAGCAGAAGUAUGAGAGGGUCUGUUCUGAGAAUCAAGCCUUGAGUGAAAGUCUUGAGGAAAGAACAAAAGAGAUGCAAGCACUGAGGACAGAGAACACUUCUUUGAACCAGCAGUGUCUAGAGCUUCUGGGUACGCUUAGCGCUCAGGACAGGAGUGAAUUCCAGGGAACGCAGCCACCCUCAAACCAAGGCAGAGAAGGCUCUGUGCUUGAGCUUGCUGUGUUUGGAGCUUGCCAGUGUCCCUCCAGUCUGAGCGAGCCCUGUCCGUGUGCCAGGAGCGCUGCCGCCAGCCGCAAGCAAGUCUUACAGCUGAAACAAGAGUUGAAGACUCAGAGGAGGAAGAUGGAUGAGGCGUUUGUGAUGGCAGAUGCCUUCCGGAUAGCUUUUGAGCAGCAGCUGAGGCGAGGGAGCGAGCAUGUUCUUCACCUGGCUGAGAGUGACACAAGCAAGACUCUCAAGAAGCAUUGGGGGAAAGAGAGACAGGGUUCUCUCAGCAUUGGGCAAAGAUUAAAAGGGCUUCUUCCAUCUGCUAUGAUUCCAAAAGACCCAUAUGAAACACUACAUAUGCUGCUUGAUCUGUUGAGUGAUAAAGAGGAGGCACUGGCGCAUCAGAGGAAAGUGAGCUACAUGUUGGCCCGCAACACCGAGGACCUUGAGAAGCGUCUCCACAUCCAAUGGCAAGGAAGCAGCGCGGACACAGACGACUUGAAAACAAGUAAAAACGCUCCAGGGAAAACAAGCGAAAACGCUCCAGGGAAAACAAGUGAAAGUGCUCCAGGGAAACGAAUAGACGAUGCCUCAUGAGACUCCAAAGAGGACUGCAAAUGUCCGGGUUCUUCUGAGGAUCGCAGUGCCGAACUUGCUGACAUGAAAGAGACCAAAAGUUGUUCCCUUGAUCACCUCUAGAAGAGCUUGACACUUGCUCAGGAUAGAUGGAAUCAUUAGGAACGUUUCAGAAGUGAAGAUCAAACAAUAUUUCUGUACAUUGUUUUUGCAUGAAGCCUGCAUUAACUUAAAACACUAAUUUUAACUGAUAUUAUUUUUAAUUAUAAUAUCAGUGUGACCAAACUAUUAAAUACUAAAGCAUCA